GGUCGAAGUAUGAUAAAGAGAUAUAAAGAGCACCUCUUUCGUUCCUCCCUCCUUUUCCUUCUUCUUUCCACGGCACACGCGAGUCCUCGGACCAUUAUAUAAACCCAUUUUCCACUUGCUUUGUUCAUCCUAUUCAUUGAUCAGGUCUGCAACACCCCCAAUCAACCUGACGCCUGCGACGCCUGCCAGCUGGUUAUCUCUUCCCUACGCCUGACAAGCCGCUAUCUUCGCCAUUGAGACAAACCAACACCUUUCACCCCCCCAAAGAAACCAAUAACCGAAAAAUCAUGUCUACCAAAGCCUCUCCCCGCCCGGUCGUCAUUGUUCAGAAUACUCCCUCGAGUUCCGCAAGCUCCCUAAUUUCAACCGCAUCAAUAACAUCAUCCAUAACCCGCAGCAAUUCAGUCUCUUCUACCCACUCGAGCAACACUUCAACUUCAUCCGCAUCACAGCACCAUGCGGAGGGUCUCGUUUCGCGAACUCGUCCCGCGCGAGCAGUUGGGAACGGUCGUGAAUUUGUUGAGACUGGUCACCCGCAGGGGGGCAACCCCCACGGCGGUCCUCCGCGGGAGGAAAACGGUUACUAUCGAGUCAGCACAGAAAGUGUCACUGUCCAUAAUUCUGGUGGCCUGCUUACAGGCUCCGUCUCUACCGACAUGGGUGAAGCGUAUGCAAAUGGAUUAGACCAUACCGAGAAUUGUCGCAAAUUGAGCCAGAAAAGCGACAACCGGACUCUUUGCUUCUGUCCUGCCAGUCCCAGUACCUGAUGAAAUCCCGGGAAGAUGCGAUACGGUUACGGGCGUUCCGAUGGAUGAUGGUUUUUUCCCCAGUUAUUUCUCACUAGAUGUUUAAAUUGUCAUGUAUUAGUGAUAGGGUCUUCUUUUUAUCUUUCUCCUUUUAUCUUCUGGGUGGACAUUAGCGGAUCUUUUCAAUUUCCUUUCUCAUUAUUAUUAUCAUCACCCCCUCUAGUAGUAUUACCUGGCAUAUUUUCGGAUUGAGUUUUGCUAUUGCAUUUGUCUCUUUUUCAUCGAGAUUCAUAUCUUCUUUCUUUUUUAUGCACCCUGUUCCUCACUUUUCUAACUUUGAAUUUCAAAGCUGAAAAGUUUCGUCCCUUCGAGUUACUCUCGGAAAGGGGGGUGGCUGUCAUCGAAUGUAUUCGAUUACCUUAGGUUUCAAAGCGAAAUUGCAUGGACAUUAGCACCCAAA